AUGUCAGAAGUACAGGCACGAGGCUCCUCCACAAGGGGCCGUGGUAGUUUCCGAGGAGGGAGAGGAGGUUAUCGUGGUACAAGAGGUGGAAAGUCAUACUCCUCAAGAACUGAAGAUCAGGAAAACAUUGAACCUCAAGAAGAUCAGGGAGAGCUCGGCGAGUUAAAAUCCAAGUAUGCUGACAAGCUGCCUCUGAUGAGGGAGGUUUGUGAAGGUUGGAGCGAUGAAGACCUAGUGUUUGCUCUGCAGGAGACAAAUGGCGACGAAAUCACAGCCAUGGACAGAAUUACUUCUGGUACAAUUUCCCAAUGGGGUGAAGUCAAGAAGAAGGACAAGACGAAAGUGACCACGACCCCUGCUGAUGCAAGCUCCAGAGGUCGAGGACGAGGUGGUGUGGACACUCGUGGACGUGGCAGAGGCGCUGAUAGAGGUACUCGAGGAGGUCGCGCCGGUCGCGCCGUCUCUACAGCCAACGGCACCAAGCCUGCCGAGAAGUCAGCAGCUACGAACAAUGGAUAUGGCGAGUCUGCUGCUGCGACGAAUGGCGAUGCUACUGCGCAUGCACAAGACUGGGCCAAUGAGCCAGGCAAGGACGCUCUUGAUUCCCUGGAAACCAAGAAGCCUAAGCCUGCUUCUUCAGCUGCUCCCAAUCAGAAAGCUAGUGGUUGGGCCUCACUAUUUGCGAAACCUACUCAAGUCCAGACCCCUAUCCUGCCCACCACGAAUGAACACGAAUCUCCAUCCGCACACGAAACCACUCCAGAGCACGAGACAGUCCCCGAAAUUCCAGUAGCUGCACCCGAGGAGUCAAGCUCAAUUGCUGCUAUCGAGACACCGAUUGAGAAGAACGUUGCAUCCCCAAUUGAAUCGAUCGAGGUGGAUGAUGGUCCUACCGAACUGCCCUCCGCGCCUCAUUCCGAUAUCGCGCCUAGCGACAUGGUUCCGCCUGGUGAUGAGCUGACUAAAGAGAAUGUGAACAAAUUGCCAGAUGCUUCCCAUCCCCUUUCAUCUGGCACAGUUGUGAGCACAGUUGCAAGCACUCAAGAUGGUCCUGUCAAUCCAGCUUUGCCUAAUGUGCAGGCGGUUCGUCCAGGCAUGUCAGGCCACGCUGCAAGUGCUCUCCGAGCUACGACCGGCGCAGGCAGAUCUGCAAGCUAUUCGAGAAAGGUUAUGGACCAGCAAGAGGCUGUUGUCAUGCCCGGCAAUCAUGCAGUUGAUAGGGCAGCUGUACAGUUUGGCAAAAUGGGUAUGGACAGCGAAGAUACUGAGGCCGAUGAGGACCGAGAAGAGCCAGAAACUCGUACACAACUUCUCGAUGAUUCUCCUGCUGCUCCACGAGCUUCACUUCCACCCGCGCCAGCCACUGCUGAAUCCCAAGUCCCUGCAUCAUCGACCGCAGUCGAGCCGCCCAGCGAACCACAAGCCCAACGUGCUCCAGCUGGUCUUCCUUCGGCCCCGCAAGCUAUCCAAGACCCGUCUCCUCAGCAGCAAAGCUCCUAUCCAGAUCAGUACCGAUAUGCUCAAGGUCAGAAACCGUAUGAUCCUUUCAGUCAGCAGCCUCAACAUCCUCAAACCGAGCCUUUUACGAACCAGUUGCCAGGUCAAUCUCAGGUGCCAACUAGCCAGCAGGAGGCCUAUCAACACUACUAUGGUCGCGAUUAUCAACAGUACUACCAGUACGGUCAAGGUCAUGAUCAACAACGUAGUGGUAGUGCGUUAGGUACAUCAGCACAAGAAGUGCCCGCACAGUACGCUUCUGCUGGUCCUCGUGGUUACUCAAAUCAAGAUGUUCAAGCUAGUGGCCACAACACUCCCAACCCCAACGUUGCAGCUCACCAGCAUCAACAGUCUUCUCACAUGCAACAGGGUCCCAACGCUCACGCCGGCUACCCAUACGGUCAAUAUGGCGGCAGCUACGGUUCUGGUUAUCCUCAAUACAAUUCAUACGGUUCAAUGGGUCAUGCCGGUCAUACAGCUCCUGGCGCCCAUGGAGCUCAUGCCAAUCACAGAUAUGGUGCUAACAGACCAAUGUUCGACGAUGUGAGACGACAAGAGGACUUCUACAACAAUCAGUACGGUUACGCUCAGAAUCAAGGUUAUUCCUCCAGCUAUGGCAAGUCAGGCAUGUACGGCGGUCCUCAGCACCAAUACUCACAAGAGUAUUCUUCUUCGCCAGGUAAUACAGCUUUUACUGGCCGCGAAGGCUAUGGUCGAGCAGGAUCUACUCAACCACUGGAAGGUCCACAAUCAAGCACAGGCUCGAACGCGUAUGGAGGUGGAAUGCAAGACCCUUUCGGUCGAACUCCUUCCGGUUUUGGUCAAGCUCAACACGGUGCUCAUGGUAGUGAAGAUCCUGCCAAGCCAACAGGUCCCAGCCCGUCACUCCAGGGCGGUCGACCAGGCUCCGCAGCACAAAAUAUGGCAGGCCAGCACCAAAGCGGUCUGCCACAUCAAGGACAACAGGCGUUUAGUGGUUAUCCCCAAUAUGGCGGCUUUGGUGGUAACCAGAAUAAUCACAAUCAUUCGAGCUACGGUGGUUAUGGUUCGAACAGUGCUUUUGCUGGAUAUGGCGCAGCAUAUGGUAGGAACUGGUCGGCGAAUCAGUAUGGUAGCGGGCAACACUAG